CGGCAAGGAACGCUGCUGGGCAUCAUUGCGGCGCUCACAGGGGAAGAUCGCAGAGGCAGCUCUCAGCUUUCCUGUCAACGCCAAGACUCUGGCUGUAUCCAGAUGCACCCUGGGGAGGUAAAGGAACUGAGGAAUCGUGGGACAUCCACAAGGAGAUUCUCAGAGAUGUCUCAGAGCCAGCAGAGUUUCUGUACUGUUUGAUCACGUUCCAGUUCUUCCUUUACCUCAAUCUCUGCUGCUAUGGAGACUUCCAAUGGGACUGAGACCUGGUACAAGAGCCUCCAUGCUGUGCUGAAGGCUCUGAAUGCCACCCUCCACAGUCACUUGCUCUGCCGUCCUGGGCCAGGAUCUGGACCUGGGCCAGACAAUCAAACUGAAGAACGCCGAGCUAGUCUUCCUGGCCGUAAUGACAACUCCUACAUGUAUAUUCUCUUUGUCAUGUUCCUAUUUGCUGUCACUGUGGGCAGUCUCAUUCUGGGAUACACCCGUUCUCGCAAGGUGGACAAACGUAGUGACCCCUAUCAUGUGUACAUCAAGAACCGUGUGUCUAUGAUCUGAUGUGAGGUGCCCAAGAAUGACGGAAGAGUCUGCUGCCUGAGGAUUGUCUUCUUGGGCCCCCAGAACUCAACUCUGGACCCUCUCAAGCCUUAGUGUCUCUAUCUAUACAAAAGCAACAAGAAAUUGCUAAGAGAGAUUACCAUUGGGACCAGAAAGGAUAGGCUGGUAGGCCUGGUCUUGUGGAUAAGACAUUUUUUCCCAGACAAAGAUAGGCAUUAUAUACUAGGAGCCCAUGAACAAAUACAUAGAAGUAUGGACGACCAGUGAGUAGGAGAAGAGGAAGAGGAAGGGAAAUGGAGCAGAAGACGCUCUGGAAACAUAAUCUUUUAAUGUGUGAUCUUCAAACAUGAGAAACCUUGAUAAAACCAGGUAAUACUACUUGUUUGUGUUAAUUCAUGUUUUAUUUCUUUAAACAUACAACACAUGCGGGUUUUGCCUCAUCUGCCAACAAAGCAGAACAGGUGCCUUGACUGGAAUCCAGGAACUCUAGUCUUUUUGUCUAGGACGUUUCAGUGAUACAAGGAGUAAGAUCCUGGCCCAAAGAACUUGAGGUGGAGCACAGUAGUUCAUACCUGUAAUCCUAGUGCUCAAGAGAUUAAGUAGGGAGGAUCAUUUGAGUUUAGGAGUUCAAGACCAGCCUGGGCAAGCCCUAUCUUGGUAGAGAGUUGGGGAGGGGGUAGUAAGAAAUAUCUUACUUUUACAAAUAUUACCCCAAACAUGCCAUUGUGUUAAUGCAUUGCUCAAGCACUUUGAAGAUCUUGACAGAGACUGUGCAAAGUGCAGAGUUCUGAUCAUUAUAUUCACUAGUAACAUGGUCAUGUGCCUCUUGAGUCACAUCACCAGGCUCCUCCUUGUCAUGUGUCCAAUGCCAGGGACUUCACUACCUCGGGUGUAGCUUCUUCUUCUCUGAAUUCUGUGAGAAACACCAACUUCAAGUUUGUUUCAAGGGGAUUACUUAUAUACCUAGGAGAUGGCCCUGUUAAAUGAUACAGUGUCUAAAAGGUGUGGUUCAUUGGGAAGUCCAAUGGACAUCUUACUUUUAAAGUUGUUAUAACUUUAUCUGGUUGUGCUGGUUGGAAGUUUUUCGUUUUUGUUAACCUGACACAAUCUAGAGUCAUAUGGGAACCUCAGCUGAGAAAAUGCCUCCAUCAGAGUGGCCUAUAGGUAAGCCUGUGGGUUAUUUUCUUGAUUGAUGAUUGGUGUGAAAGGGCCCAGGCCACUGUGAGUAGUGUCAUUCUUGUGCAGUGGUCCUGGGUUUACAGGAAAGCAAACUGAACAAGCCAGAUGAAGGGAGCCAGCAUGUAGCUCUCCCCACAGAUUCUGCUUAGGUUCCUAGUGCCAGGUUCCUGCCCCAACUCCCUCACUGAAAUAUGUAAGAUAAAAUAAACCCUUUCAUCCCCAAGUUUCUUUUGGUUAUGAUGUUUAUCACAGCACUAAAAACCCUAACUAAAACAGCUGGGUACUUCUCCUUUUGGUUCUUUCAUUUUUCUCCUUAGUGUAAUGAAAUAAACUUUAAGGUUUAAUAUCAGGGCUUAUCAGUUCUGCCCUUACAUUCACUACAAUUAGGCAGAAGCACAUCAAAGUGCUAUUUAUAUCAGUCAAAAACAGGUGAAUAUCAGUCGUUUCACAGGGUUCUACCUAAUUUAUAUACCGUGGUGAAUGAAUUAUUCAUCAGCAAUUCUGAAGCCACCCAUUGCUGUCUGAUUUUGAUCUGAGGGAUCCCUGUGAGUUUUCCAGAAGGCCCCACAGAAACAUACAUGUUUGUAUUCAGCAACCCCUCACAGGAUUUUGAUAGCAGUUAUCUCAGUGGUGUAGAAUUAUAGGUGAUUUUCCCUUCCCAUUUUAGCAGUGUGUGUGAUACUUGACUUAUAUGACCCGACAAAUGAUGCCUGCAUUAUAAAGGGCAGGAAAACUGCUUCUCCCAGUAAAACCAAAUAUUUCUCAGCUAAGAGCACCAACUGCUCUUGCAGAGGAUCCAGGUUUGCUUCCCCAGCUCCGUGUGGCUCACAACCAUCU